AAACUGCGUUUCAAAAAAUAGAUGUAACCAUUUCGGAUUCCGUACUGUAAAACGCCAUGCGUCAACGUCGCCAUGGAGUAAUGCGCAGAAGCGAAUAAUUAGUCGAGUAGAAAGUGCAUGGUAAAGAACGCCGUCAGAUUUCUCCUUACCGAUUUCAUUAGGUUUCAGGACAAAAUACACAUUUUUGUUCAGUUUGAUUUACAUAGAACGCUGCGUGCUACGUGCUGUUAUUUGUGCAUCAGCAUGGCGGUGGUGAUCCGUUUACAGGGACUCAGAACGGCCGCAGGUUCUGAGGACAUUCGCAAUUUCUUCACUGGCCUAAAAAUCCCAGAUGGUGGGGUGCACAUUAUCGGUGGGCCGCUUGAGGAGGCUUUCAUCAUCUUCGCAUCAGAUGACCAUGCGAGGCGGGCGAUGACACGCUCUGGAGGGUGCAUCAGAGGCUCCCCGGUCCACCUCUUGCUGAGCAGCAAAGCUGAGAUGCAGCAUGUCCUUGAGGCAAGUGCAAAGAGAACUGAGAUGAGCAGAAAUAGGGUGUACAACGAGGGGUUCCGAAGGGCCGAAACAAACAUGGGCCCACCUAUUUUUGCUGAGAACCUGGUGGUUGAAGUACGAAGAACGGACCACUUGGAAAUGGAUGGCAUCACUGGCCCAGAGGAUAUGCGUGUUCAUCAAACAAGAAAGACUUUGGCGAGUGGAAACGAUGGUUUCUACCUGCACUUGCAAGGUUUGCCAUUUUCCAUAUCCAGGGAAGACGUGAGAGUUUUUUUCAAAGGGUUGCUUAUUGAUGACAUCAUUCUCAUGAAAAAUCGGCGUGGCCAGAAUAACGGGAUGGGUAUAGUCAGAUUUGGAACUCUACAUGAUGCUUACGAGGGCCUGAAGCGGGACCGCGAGUACAUUGGAACUCGGUUUAUAGAAAUAAACUCCUGCUCAGAGAAGCAGUGGGUUGAAGCUGGGGGCAGCGUAGGACCUCACACGGGCAACGCUGCUGAGUUUCACAGGGAGUCCCCUCCGUCAUAUGUGGAAAAGAGGUACCCUCAACAACGCACAAGGUCAGUCUCACCAGUUAGGUACAGGUCACGGUCUUCUUCUCCAUCAGAAAAUGAAUACUGUGUUCUGAUGGAAAACCUCUCGUACUCGGUAGACAAGCGAGGCAUAAAAAGUUUCUUCCAUCCAGUGGAACUGAAGGAAGACCAGAUUCUUCAUCUGCAUGACAAAUACGGGAAAAGGACAAGGGCAGCUUUCGUGCUGUUCAGGAGUCUGAAAGACUACUGUGCUGGUUUGACCCGUCACAAAGAAGCCCUUGCCUCCCGAACAAUCUAUGUGUCUCCAAUUUCCAAGGAAAAAAUGGUGGCGAUGCUGGACUCCCCAGAACAGAAGAUGGAGAAGUCUCGUGAAAAGCCCAGCACAUCACUGGACAGGGCUCAACGCUCACAAAGGCCAAAGUAUGAAUCGGAAAGGGUCUGCAUCUAUGUCCGUAACCUACCUUUUGAUGUACGCAAGAUUGAGAUCAUGGAUUUCUUCCAAGGUUAUCGGUUAUCGGAGGGCAUGGUUCACCUGCUGCGUGACGAAAAGGGGGCUGGGCUUGGUGAGGCUUUGGUGACAUUUCAUUCGGAGGAGGAGGCACAGAGGGCUGAGUCUCUGCAUGGGCAGAUGUUCCUUGGGUCUGAGAUGAUGUUGAAGUGCAUCUCCAGGAUGCAAAUGCAGGAGUUUGGUGUCACAGAACAUCCAAGGAAGAGUGCAGAGCAUCCACUGAGGAUGAGGAGCCCAGAAGGUUAUUCUACCAGACACAGGGAAGCGUCUAACUUUCCACUUGGUGAAGAAUAUCCAGACAUUGGAAUCCCCAGUGAUGUCCAAUUGCCUCUAAGAAACUUGCCUGUUCGCUCUCAUGGGAGUAGCAGUAGGUUCAAUUCACGCAAGGAUGGCCGUGACACGUUUGUUGAUCGAGAGGGUGGGUCUGCGCAAAGAGGGCUUGGUAACCAAUUUGACGGUCCCGCUUGUCUGAAGCUGAUUAAUCUCCCAUUGAAUAUCACCAUUGAUGAGAUCUAUGACUUCUGCUAUGGAUACAGAGUGAUUCCAGGCUCUGUCUCAUUGCAGUACCACAAGAAUGGGACUCCUAAAGGAUGCGCAACUGUAGUCUUUGAAUCACGCCAAGAAGCACAGACGGCUAUUCAGGAGCUGAGUGGAAGACCAAUUGGGACCAAAAAAAUUAAAUUGCUUUUUCUUUGAAUACAAGUGCAUUUGGCUUGGUAUGCUGUUUCAUUUGGUAUGUUGUUUCAUGACUUUCUUUACUCUUAACCAAGGCUUUAGAGAAAUGUUUUGUAACAUGUUUAUUUUCUCCUUUUUUGUGUUACUGAAUAUGUACCAAUAGGAGGAAGGAGCAGAACCCAUGUUGUGCGUAAGUUAUAAAGACUUAUGGCACAUACCGAUUAGCUAAACACAAAAAUGGGUAGAACUGUUUUGUUCAUGCUAUAUCAUGUACAGGAAUAUAAUCAUUAGCUGAUAAUGUUGUUGAAUCCAUUGGUUUGUUGUAAGAAAAUGCCUUAAACAUCAGUAAUUAGCUUUUGGAGGAUUUAAUAUGAAGUAAAAAAUAAGUUUUAUACCUUUAACUCGUUUGAUUUUAAUUUCUGUGUCCAUUUUUUAUAAUUGUAUAUACAAAUUUAAUGGUUUGUGGAACAAAAUUCUUCCUCUGGGUUACCUUGAUGCGUUCAGUAUUUGAUUUUUUCCCCCAGAUUUUAUAAACAAAGGCAUUCUUUAGAGUCUCUGGAUUUAAUAGCAGUUCUUUAAAUUUGCAAGCUUACAUAUUUGUAUUUGAUUGCUUCACGUAUCAAAAGGGACUGUGCCAUGCAGUCACCUUGGUUGGUUGACAUCUGAUGUACAAGAGCACCUGCUGGACAGCACAUGGGGUUGGACAGUCCUUGUGGCCAUUACCUGUGAUCCAUCCCUUUUAAAUACAGAGUGCCAAGCAGUGGCAAUUGGUGGUAUUUUUGAAGUAUGAUUAUUCUAAGAAUGCAACCUUCAGCUUUCCAAGGUCUGGGAUCCCAUGUUUAUGGAAAGAUGAUGUAAACAGGAUGUAAACUUUUUUCUCUGUCUUGCAUUUGGUAUGUUUUUUUCUUUUUUUUAAAUAUUGUCUUCUUGGCCUUUUCCCCCCAGAUCAUCACUCAGACACCCCAUACGUGCAGUCAGCCUUUGUGAAUAUUACAGAUGCUAGAAGAGCCAGGGUUCGUCUGAAGAUGACCUUUCUAACUGAAAUGUGUAGCUUUGAAGAGCUUGGAGGGCUACUGCAAAGAACAACUUACAAAGCUCGGUAAUAUGUUUGAGUAAGGAAUAAGUGUUCUCUUCCCAGCAAAUCAAUACUAAUUAAACUGCAUUACCCUACUAAUAAUUGAACACAGUCCUAAAGCUUCCACUGCAUACUUUCAGAAGAGAAAUGGAGUGUCCAGUAUACCACAGUGUCUUUCUAUGUAUAGAAUAAUGAGAAUGGCAACAGUUGUCAUUUGAACCAGAAGGUCAGUACACACUUAUGUGUUAGGUAUUUUGCUGCAGGGCCAUUCGUCUUGUAUUACAAAAUUCCUUUUUAAAAGUUCUGUAAAGUCCUAUACUGGUUCAGGACUGCAGAAGAAAGCUGUGCACUGCUUUAAAUCAUGAGCUUACCCACUCAACUCUGAAAUGGUCUUUCUUGGUCCCAGACAAGAGCACGCUGGGUUUUUUGAGUGUUUGUGCUAGUGUUCCCUGGGUUGGCAUGUGCAGGCAUACUCUUUAAUAAUGUUGGUCUUACACUUUUUGGAAAUGACCUGGUUUUUUUUUUAGAAAUUUCAGAAGCUUAAUCUUCUGAAAUCUACUUUUUAAUGUUUCCUGAAGCAGGACAGUGAUCUAGUGUGUAGAUUUGUGCCUUGGAAAUUUGCUUUAAGAUUGACAAAAUUGGACUUGCGGCACUGGGUUGGUGUUGGUACUUUCGGCUAUUUCCUAAUUUUUGAUCAGGUGUUUAGAAAUGUUUGAACAUGUUAAUUUAGUAAAAUGCAGUUAAUGUGUCAUUUUAUUGGGCAGGUAUUUCCUGAACAGACGGGUCGUCAGGUUAAGCUGGAAGGUAGGGAGGGACUCAGCUGUCCUGAUUGAGGUGGGCAGGUUGUUCUGUCAUUGCGGAGCCAGUAGGGAGAAGAGUCGAGGCCCGGAGGCACGAUGACCAGGUUGCUGCAGGGAGGAGGGAGCAGGAUGCCUCAUGGCCGCCAUCUUCUCUGGAAAGGGUGAUAUAAUAAUUUAGACUUUCUGAAACCAUUGUGUCACUGCCUUGCAUUAUAAAAAACUAUUUUUACCAUUGGCUAUUGGAAAUAGACAUAUUAUUGAAUUGAAUGAAUUUGGAUAAUACCCAAAGAUGAUCUCUGAAUGUAAGGGAAAGGAUGUCAUGUCUGACGUCCAUAUUAUUUGUGAGUCCAUAGCCAUGUGUCCCACAAACUCAGACGGCGAUAGGCCCAAGUCCCAUAAUUCUUGAGUUUAUUCUUAUUCUUAUCUUCCGGCAAGAUUUUGUGUUAAGUUUAAAGUUUAGGAGCUGUAUAAUGUGCAGUUGUCACAUUAACUGUAGGACAAUUUGAGAGCAUGUAUAUUAAGCUAUUUGUUUUGACAUAAGGUACUGACUAACAAAUAAGGAAUUAGCUAUUUUUUGCCUACGUUCCUUCCGGGCUUUGUUGGAAUGGUGUUGCCUUUUCCCAUUAUGAUUGUUUUAUGUACUUUGUAUCGAUCCAUUAUACCUGUCACCAUCAGUCUUUUCUUUCCUCAGUAGAGAAUUAUGCUGCUUAAAUAUGGUUUAUGCUGCUGCAGACCCCUCCCCUUUUAUGAGAACACGCCCAGAGCUUGAGUGACGAAGCCUGUGUUCACAUAGCUGAACAUGAUAUCGUUUAGCCUAAGCCUGAUUGUGGUUGUUAGGUUUUGUCAAGCCAGCAAACAAAGAAACCCUGGGUAUGUUAUGCUUCCUUCAUAUACACCACUGUUCUGUUCAACUGAAAGUUUUGUAAGUCUGUACUACAGCUCUGAAGUUUUUUCUUCAAACUCAUAAGGGUAAGCUGUCUGUCAAAUCUGGCAACACUUGCUAAGAGAGGGACUGGAAACUUACAUGGUCUACCAGCGGGUGGUGCUGUUCUAUUUUUUACUGAAAAAAUUCAACCGCAACAUACACCCGGUCACCAUUUCAAGACCUGUGAGCUGUGAAGAACUGUCAGUCUUGCAUUAUGCCAACAUUAUGAACAUUGAGAUUUUUUCUUUUCCUUUUCCUAUGGAGUGAACCCCGUUGAGCUAUUGCAGCAUUUGGUGUCUUGCAGGAAACACGUUUGUCUUACACCAACACUGCAUUCAGUAGGCCAGUGUUUGGGCUUAUUUUGUUUUACAAAUUGCAUAUAAUACAUUUUUUUUUGUUGAUAUUUUUGUUUUCUUUAUAUGUUUACGUGAAUGUGAUUUUUGCAGCCAUGUUUGCUGCAGAAAAAACAUGGCCAAAGUAUUAAAGUUAAGCAUACAUUAUGUUUUAGUUUGUACAGCAGCGAGAUUGCUAAUGCUGAUUUAUACAUUAACCUAAUUUUUGAAAAAUUAAAGAUAUUUUUAUA